CAGAGACAGCGAGCAAUGGCUUCGCACACUAACUCAAAGAAGCGCAAGCGCGCCAAUGUCGUCCUCCACCAAGACCCCGCGCCGGCCAGCAGCGAUGGCGCAGACACGACGAAGCCGACGGCCGUCUACAAGCCCAGGCGCGGGAGGUCGCAUACCCUGAGCAUCGCGCUUCCGGGCAGCAUCAUAGCAAACGCGCAAUCGCACGACCUCAAGACCGCCAUGGCGGGCGCCAUCGCGCGCGCCGCAGCCGUGUUCAGCGUCGACGAGAUCGUCAUUUUCAACGACGGGCAGAGCCAACGGCACGACAAGGGCCGCCGCGAUAACUACCGCCACUACAACGACGCCGAGACGGGCUACACGGGCUUCUCCGACCCGGACAACUUCAUCUACCAUGUCCUGUCCUACCUUGAGACCCCACCCAAUCUGCGCAAGGUGCUCUUCCCGCUGCACCCGAACCUGCGCACCGCUGGCACGCUGCCUAGCUUGGAUAUGCCGCACCACUUGCGCGCCGACGAGUGGUGCCAGUACCGCGAGGGCGUGGUCCUGGACGCGGCCGAGUACGGCGGGUACAACAACCACGCACCGCCGACGCCGCAAUCAUCGUCGUCGUCGAAAAAGAAGAAGAGCAAAAAAGGGCAAGCCAACGCGGCCGACACGACCGCCGGCGCCCCAGCACCAACGACAUACGUGGAAGCGGGGCUGCCCUACCCCGUCCCCAUCAGCGCCACAAUCCCAGCGCACACACGCGUGACGCUCAAGUUCGCGGCCACCGAGGAUCCAGGCGCAUACGAGGAGCUGGAAGCCUCAGCCGUGGGCCCUGCCGCGCCGCGCGAGGAGGCGGGCUAUUUCUGGGGCUACCAGACGCGGCAGGCGGACAGCCUCAGCGCCGUCUUCACCGAGUGCCCCUUUGACGGGGGCUACGAUCUCAGCGUGGGGACGAGCGAGCGCGGGACGACGCUUGCGCAGAUACUGGCGCCGCGGAAGAAAAAGGGCGAGGACGAGGAUGGGGACGGCACGCCCCGCUUGCCCGACAGGUUCGAGCACCUGCUGUUGGUGUUUGGCGGCGUGGCGGGGCUGGAGGUCGCGGCGAAUGCGGAUCCAGAGCUUAGGGAGAAGGGCGUCACGGGCGCGAAUGUCGGCGACAUGUUCGAUGCGUGGGUCAAUCUGGUGCCGGAUCAGGGGAGCAGGACGAUUCGCUGCGAGGAGGCGGUUUGGUUGGGCUUGAUGGGGCUGAGGGACUAUGUUUCGCGGUGUGGGGGAGAGGGGGAAUGAGGCGGAUUGCUUGAAUAUGUGAAUAUGUAC